GUGAUGAUUCUGGGUCUGGAUAUGUUCUUCGUCCUCUUCCGGGACGAGUCGGAGGUGCGCAGUCGCCACCUCGGAUUCAUUGUCCACUUCUGCACCGCCGGGACAGCCUCCAUAGCCGUGUCUGUGCUGCUGGUCGCUAUCAUCUGCGAUGUCAUUCCCAUCAGUCGCGAAGGGGGCCAGUACAGCCCACACACCACCGUAAGCUUCUACCUGUACCUGGUGCUGUGCAUGUGCUCUAACCUGGUUCUGAGCAGUGUGGUGAGUCGUAUGCGGUUCAUGCACAAGGUUUUCAAACGCAAGCACGCCAAGCCGUCGUACUGGAAAGGCCCGCUAACCCACGCCGCACUCGCGGUGUGUGUGAUUCCAGUGCCGCUCACCUGCCACUACGCGUCGGUUGAGUGUUCCUUGACUACCAAGAUCAGUGGGCAGAUGGUGUACUCGCUGGUGCUAGGCGUUAUCUAUGUGUACUACCUGGUGCACACGUAUCUCGGCGCAUCGAAUAUGGAGUUCUUCGUCGACUUCCAGAGCAAUGUACGGCAAUUUGUUGUGUGGUGCGUGGCCUUCUGGGGGCCAACGCUGUAUGUGAGCAUCACGCAAGAUAGGAAUUUUGGUGUGUACAUGAUUUUCUUCCUGCCGCCCUAUUGUCUGUGGGUGUUUGCCAUAGACAACUUCUUGUUUGUGGUGAUACGAGUCCUGAGCCGCAAGUUGCUGAAGCGCGACCAUCUGGUCAACUUUGACCUCCAGGGCAAAUACUUCAACGAUCUCGAAGGCGUGCAAGGAGUCGCGUGCCUCAUAUCGCACAAGGAAACGCGUGAGAUGCUCCUGGAUUACUCGAAGAUGCGAUACUGCGCCGAAACCGUCGAGUUUAUGAUCGAAGUGCGCGAGUGUGUGGCCUUAGAGAAGACUCACCCCGACGUUGCACGUCAGAAGGCCAUCCGAUGCGUUAACAAGUUCGUGGAUGUCAGCUCUCACGAACGCGUUAAUCUUUCAGAUCCGUGCCGGAAGCGGAUGGAGGUGCUUGUGGCCACAAACGUGUUCAAGGAUAUGGACGAUCUGUUCUCACAGGCCUUUCAGGAUGUCGGCUUACUAGUCAGCACUAAUCUGGUGCCUCAGUUCCUGGUGUCGCCCCAGUUCCUGCAGCACACCUCUGGACUGCAGAACGAUGAGAACUUGAUGCGCGCGUUGCGGAAUAACGGUUUGUUGGUGCCUGAGAGCCGCGAGUGGGAUAGAAGGAGCUCGUAUAUGCCAUCGAAUAUACCAAUGAGCACAGUACAAAGUAUUGCUAUACAGCGCAUUGCCGAGAAUUCUCCGGCCGGUUCGAUGCGGUCGUCCUUGGGUGUAGACACCUAGCACAGGCACGUGUGUGGAAUAACGUACACAUGUGUGAAGUAUCGUACACGUGGGUGGAGUAACGUAUACGUGUGUGAAGUAACGUACACGUGCGUGGAGAAACUUACACGGGUGUGUGAGGAUGCUAGGUGGUGUGCUACUGGCCCAGGACGCUGUGCUCAGAAUCAAAUGAUUUUGCUUUGCUUUUGUCGCAUUGGACAAUGGUGGCGGUUCGAGAGCACCUGCCAGUUGAAGAUUACCAUGGGGUAUGCUCUAAGAUUACCAAGGGGUUAAAAUUACCAUGGGGUAUGCUCUAAGAUUACCAUGGAGUAGACUCUAAGGUUGCCAUGGAGUAGGCUCUAACAUUACCAUGGGGUAUGCUUCAAGAAUACCAUGGGGUAUGCUCUAAGAUUAACAUGGGGUAUGCUCUAAGAUUACCAUGGGGUAGGCUCUAAGAUUAUCAUGGGGUAUGCUCUAAGAUUGCUAUGGAGUAUGCUCUAUCCAGAGCGAUGUAAUCGUGCGGACGUGUUGGCUUAUAGCAGAGACCUCUAUCUCAGUGGAUGGUAUCAUGCGACUCGAACGGCAGACAUCUGGGCGUAUGAGGGCACCAAUAUGAUAUCUGAGUACUAGUGAGCACUCAUGGACGUCCCUUCGGCGUACUACAGCAAUCGAAUGGUACGCGUAUAAGUACAAUAUAUAGACACAUGCGUAUUGACAGUAUCACUACGGGUAGGCAUGUACGCAGAGCCGUGGAUCUCAGACCAGACCCACCAGGCGUAGCGCCACCUUUGCGAUGACAUACGACCGACAGGGAAUUGUCACACGUACAGAUUCCCUGAUUCGAAGCGAAUUAGUACUUAAGUGGGACACGGGAGAUGCCAGAACAACCUAACGAAUGCAGAGGCCAGUACAAACUACUGAAGGCUACGCUGUGUAGUCGCGUAGCUACCAGGUAUACGAUCGCCAGGUCCCCAGUGCACUCUGGCUGGUCGCUGUUCUGUGGGUCGGGAUGUGCGAUAUUGAGCUUACAUUGCUGCUUGUAUCAGAGCGCGCGUAUGGUCUGCUGUUUAGUCUGUUGUCGCGGGUUUGUCUCAGCCGGAUGUCAGCUGUGAGUCUACAAGUGCAGUGCUCGUCUUAGGCAUACUGAGAAUAGAAAGUCCAUGUGGUGUAUUCCUGAAUCCUUUUCAGACAACGCUCGUUGACCUUGAUGGCAGCUCCUCUCCUUAGGGGACGAUACCUAAAUAAUAUAGUAAACAAUACAUAAUUUAGUAUGGAAGCUCUGAUGGCAAAUAAACACUUUCUCAAAUCCUUCUAUAGAAGUGAUCUAUCUGCAGAUCAACUCGCAUCUAAAUCUGGCGAAGGAAGAUUGGACCUAUACGCUUAUACUCGAAUAGCAGACGAUUUGUGUACGUAGCUACCUAUUUCUAUAAUUCACACUCCAUGUAUGUGUUGAUAAUGGAAUGACCUACGACCAUUCGCAAAAGAGGGUUUUCUAAUAUUUCCCUUCAUACCCUCGUGUAUGAGUGCCCGUUACUCAGAAAGGACAUGUUUGAUUUGGAAGAAGGCUAUGCUAGUAUAUACAA